AUGUUCAGGCCUUAAUCCUCAGAAGAAACACAGAUGCAAAGGCAGCAGUGGGCAAGGAAAUCAACAAGCUACACAAGAUAAAGAAACACUUCAGUGACGAAUGUUUCCAAGUGUUCACAGUGAGCUCCAAUGAGUUUCUGAAACAAAACGUUCUCAGUCCAGAGAAUACUGAAAUCCCCAAGCUUCAGGAGUUUUUGCAAAAUCUCAAUGACUCUCACUCAGAGACCUUAAUCUACAUUUCUAGAGCUAAGGGGAUCCUCUCUUUGAUUGAAGGAGCCAGGCUGACAAAAGCACCUGGAAAAAACAAAGAUGUAUGUGAAGAGCUUGACAGCCACAUAGCCCUUCAUCUUUAUCAAGUCAAAACAGCAAUGGAAAAAGCUUCACACGUUUUUGAAUCUUGCCUGAAAGAGGGCGUAAAAAAUUCCAAACACUCAUGUGAUAAAACGUUGAAUCACUUCUUAUUUCCUCGGGGAAAGACAGGUAGUGGUUAUCACGGAACAUUAAAGUGUGUUUUCAAAAAUGGCGGAGUCUACAAACCUAAAAAUGGAAAAGAGAUAAACCUCAACAUGAAACUCACUUCAUUCCUGACUGACAGCAUCGAUGAGGAAUUCAGGAAGACUUUCCCAAAUGAACAAAAAUGUGGUCCAUUUAAUGGAGUCAUCAACAACUUUUCACUCGACACCGAAAGUCUGAAGCACACGUACAAAGAUGUAAAACUGCAGCUGAUAUUUCUCGAGACAGAGGAGGAAAAAAUUAAGACAAAACUAAACAAAAGGAUUCGAGACCAAAAGAAAAUAAUCUACAGCAGUCUGACGCAGACAAUUGAGGAAACCAUGCAAGAGUGCUAUAAAAUGGCAGGAGGGUACUCAGGUCCUGGUAUGCUGGAGAAAAUGAGAGAAACACUAGUAAAACAUGUUCAUGAAUCAAAGGAUACCAUGUUUGAGAAGGCUAAAGAUGUCAUGUUGAACCACCUCCUGAGCUUAAGGGUGGAAAUCCUGAGCACAAUGAUGGACACAUUGAAAAACUCCAUUGAACUCUCCCUCAGGACUGAUGGACACUCAAUUCCAGAUGUUUCAACAGAGCUCACAAUGCAUGCUGCAAUGGCAAGGACUCCACACACCGCCACCCAAGCCAUUACCCCCAAGCGUAUCAGAGCAGACACCACCAAGCCCUGUACCCACAUUGGACCCCCCGACCCCACACCAAGACAGGAUCAACUCACCCGCAUGGGCAGACAGCCCCUGCAACCACACAAAUGCACCACAUCACCGCCGCUGCAACGUCAGCCCAAGGAGAACCACCAACCAGCUCAGCUCCACCGUCACUGCUUAGCCAAUCCAAAUGGUGGUGACUACACAUCCAAAAAAGGGGGCCACCCCAGUGCAUGUACAAGACGCACUGCAAUGCCCCACCCACCCGAAUGCGACAGCAGCCCGGCGGACCAGAGCCACAGAAGGAAGUAA